UAUCUAAUAGAUUAUAUCGCGUAAACAUAUUCGGAGUUAUUUAAUACGCUCAUCAUUAUAUUUAUAUUCAGACAAGAAAAGUCACUUACAAUUAGCGCGUAAUAAUAUUUCCAUAUAUUUUGUAUGUUCCAGUUUUUGUUUUUUUUUUUUAAUACACAAUGAGCGGCGACGGGAGUAGCGGCGAGAAAACGGAUCCGGGCGCUAUCAGACACGGGAACUUCAUAAAUUAUUACCAGGAAGAGCGCGUGCGGCAACUUCCGCGUGGCGUGUGGCAGCGACGACGGGACGCUCAUCCGGCCCGGAAAUACAUGGGUCUAGACGUCGGCUGUAACGCCGGGAAUCUCACAUACAUGUUAUACGACUUCCUCGAGAAGACUAUGUCCCAAGAUCAACCCGAGAUUUCUUUAAUCGGUGUGGAUCUCGAUCCGAUUCUGAUCGAGAGAGCGCGCGAAGGUAAUCGGCGCCCGGAUCGCCUGACCUUCGAGUGUCUGGAUUUUUUGUCCGAUGAUUGCGGCGAGACGUUGAGGAAGCAUCUGGCGCAGCUUCACAAGACACGAUUCGACGUGGUGUUCUGCUUCUCGAUCACUAUGUGGAUUCAUCUAAAUCAUGGCGAUGACGGUCUGGAAGAAUUUCUACGAAAAGCUUGCGAUUUAUCGGAAAUGAUCGUUAUCGAGCCGCAGCCUUGGAAAUGUUACAGAAACGCGUCGAGAAGGCUGCGAAGAGUGAAAUCGGAGGACUUUCCGUUGCUGAAGGAAUUAAAAUACACCGGCAAUCCGACGCAGCAUAUUGAGGAUAUUUUGACCAGGCUGUGCGAUUUUCGAAAAGUCACCGUCACCGCGGGUAACGAUUGGGGACGCACGCUUUUGAUUUACGAAAGAAAGUAGCGAUCGUAAAAUCAACUCGUUUUAUGAAAGGGAUCAAU